CCAAGAACUCGGCGUGAACUCCGAGGCUUGCGCAUUGCCUGCCUCGCCUCUUCUGAGGAGAGAGAUUGAGAGAGAGCGCGAGCCAGGGAAAAGAACCAACCGACCGACCGAACCAACCAACCAACCGCGCGCCCGAGUUCCAGCGCGAGCAUCAACGGUCCCUCCACCGCGGCGGGAGGGGGGCAAGCUCCGCUGUUCCCUCCUCUCCUCCGCCCCCCUACCCUCCCCUCCCGCGCGGUAGAGCAUCUCUCCCCCUCUCUCUCCCCCUCUCUGUGGUGGCCCCGCCCUUCUCGCUGCGGCUGGAGGGAGCAAGCGGAAGCUCGUCGUCAGGCUGCGGGUUGGUUGGGCGGCUCCAGAGAGAGCUCCGAGCUUUCUUUUUCUCAUUAUUAUUAUUUUUCCCUCCUCUUCGUCCCGUUUGUCCCUCUUGGCCCUCCCUCCCGUCUCCCUCUCUCUCUCUUCGAGGAGAAAACCAACCAACCAACCCACCACCCCGGCGCUGGAGAUGUGGGUGCUGCGCGUGUGUUGGGUGCUGCUGGGCACCUUGGCUGCCGGUUCUGCCCAGUUGUACUUUGAAAAGGUUCGGUCUGUUACACUGGACAUUUGCAACACGAGUGCCAUUAUACCUUGCAGAGUAACUAAUCUAAUACUGCACAGGACUAACGCAACGUUUGUGAAGUGGAAAUUACAAGGAAGUGAAUUUUUUUCUUAUGAUGGAGUUGAAAAUAAAGUCACAAGAAACAGUACUUUUCAGUCUGCCAAUUUAUUGGAUUUAUCAAUGCUACCGAAUGGUACUGCUUCGCUCAUCCUGUCAAGAGAAGAGGCCCCACCAGGAAACUACACCUGUGAUGUAGCAGAGUCAAGUAGAGAAGGAGACACUAUAGUCGAACUUAUACAUAUUUCAACUUCAUGGUUUAAGCCCACAGAAAACUCCUUCAUCAUUGCCACCGUGAUUGUUGCAGCUGUUUUGUAUUUUUCUCAGUCAGUGGUUGUAGCAAUGAGAUUUGACAUGACACUUUCUAAGAAGAUUGGCUUAUUUCUUUCAGAACUAAUAGUCAUCUUUCUUGCUGUGAUAGGUAUCAUUCUUUUAAUUCCAGCGGGAUAUGAAUCUUCACAACGAAUUGGCCUUGCCUUAAUAGUAGUGCCUGCUUUUAUUUUAGUGCCCAUUCUUCACUUUCUGUUCACAUCAGUUUUUGAGAAGCAACCCCUGUUUGCAAUUAUUUUGGUAUUCCUGAAAGCAAUUGGAUAUAUAAUUGCCGUGGCUGGGUUUGGUUUGUGUGUGCUAGCGUGCCCUCCCAAACAAGGUUCUAUCAUGAUUGCAGGCUUAGCAAUUAUUGACAUUGUAGCAGCAAUUGGCCUAAUUUAUCUCAUUGUUAUUGGUGGUUCCAGCUUGAGAGAUCAUCAGCCUCCAAGGAAAGCUGUCGAAGAAUCCCUUAAUGAUGCAAAAGGAGUGAUGUUAGAAUGAUGUCCCUCUUGUGAAGUAACUGAAUCUGCUAUGGACAUGGGAACAAGUGGAGAGAGACUUUUGUUGAUACACCGUGGCCUUGAUGAUGCACUACUCAAAGAAAAAAUAAAAUCAGGAAAUUAAUUGUUUUUGCAUGUGUGGAAAAGUGCUGUAAUUACUGACAUGAUGUAACUUUAUAGUCACAGCAGCUGUAGUAACUUUCGAGAGAGAAGUGAGUGUAUGCACGUGAGGUUCUUUUCUUUGGGGGUGGCUGAGGGCAAGACUACAAAAGACUCUUUUUACCCACUGUAAUAUGUCUAUUUUGUGCUGCACUUCUCAGAACAGUCGAACUGCCGCUUUGCAUAAAGACCAAACUCUAUGAAGGACUAAUUUCCGCCAUCACAAUAUUGGCACGUUAGCUACUUUCUUUGGGUCACUGGACAGCAACUUCUUAUCAAGAGUUCUGUCGCCAUCCUCAAAAUCCAACACAAAACACAAGUCAUAAAGCUGCAGUCCUGAAAAUGGAAAGCAGGGAUGUUCUCCUUUCCCUAGAGGCAAUUUUAAUUAACUCUUCCAGUUACAUUGUGGAAGUUACUUUUUUCAGGUGGCCUGGAAAUUAGCCAAAAUCUGUCCUGUGUUACACUAAGAAAGUGUUGCACUGUGAGAACUUGGGUAUAUUUGGCCACAGAUCAGACUUCUUUGGGACCACUUAAGCAAAUCUUUGUACUGCAUGAUAAAUUAUACUAUUUUCUUUCUGAAUUUUACUCACUUUCCUCUAAAAACCAACCCAAAUCCAACCUACUUUAUGACAUUUUGUAUGACAAAUGGACAACAACUGCAUUGGAAUAAGGGUAUUAUUUCAUAACCUUUAUUCUUAACUCUAUAGUGUGAACAUGAGUGGAUGUGAUACAGGAUGAACAGAUACUGUACCUUGUAUAACAUUUUUACAGAACUAUAGCAGUUAGCCUUUUUUCUAAAGAAAAGCUUGGUUUCCAACUCUUUUCGUAUCACAAAAGUCCAAUCCACCCACCUGCUGUUAGUAUUUCUGCUGUAUAUACUGGAAUUCUUAGUGUGCUUUGGUGAUCAGUAUUGUAGUUCAAGUAACUUUCCCUUUUUUCCUGUUCUUUCAUUUAAAAGCAAGGGCCAUGUUCAGCUUUAGUGGCACAAAUCCCAACUUCUAUACUGCCAAAUGUAGUCUUUUAAAGAUCAUAAUGUUAAGAAUCAACCACAAUAGUUCUACUAAUUAAAUCACUUUUUUCCCCUAUUUUCACCUGAACCAUGCAGAUAAUGACAGGAUCCGUUCUUUUUCACACCAUAGGUUACCAGCAUUGCAAAUUACAUUCUAUUGAAAGUAUGAGUUUAUUUACACUGCAGUUAUAGCAGUUGAAUAAAAAAGAAUCAGCCACGGUUCCUUUGGACAGAAUUCUGGGAUUUAUAGUUUGGUAAAAUACUUAAGAUUUGCCACUAGAAAAUUCUGAACUUUUACAACAUUAGAGUUCUCUAGCACCAAAAUGUCAAAUACAAAUCCUAUGCUACCAUAGAAUGCACCAUUUCUUUAUUUACUAUUCAUUUUGUGGACAUUUUGUCUUUCUUCCAACAUGGUAUCUGAGGCCGUGAUGAUAGUUAAAGUGGUAUCGAACUACUGUAACUGUAUAGCACAGUGUAGAUAUACUUAUUUAUGUAUUAUUAUUUUUCUGAAUUAAAAAUUGGUUUCCAGCAGUUGCUUUGGAAGAAAAAUGGGAUAUAAAUAAUGAAAAACAAUGAAAUGAAAUAAAUAACUCUUUUUGUAUCAUCGCUGUGAUCCUGCCUUUCAGUGAUUCCCAUGUGUCGGAUUCUGCAAGAGUAUUUAUGGAAUUGUAUUCUUGUGCCUGUUCGGUUUUCAUAAAUGUUGAAAGCAUUCCAUAUAAAACCUGUUCUCUGCAACCUACAUGGAAAGCUGUUGCCUGAUCUUCUGCCACUUUCCUACAGCAAAACUGUUCCCAAUGAACUCAUUACAAAAACGUUAUUUUAAAACUGUCUUUUUAUUAUUAUUCUGAGCACCCAACUUGCAGUUACUUCACUUUUUGUAAAGUCAGGUCAGUUUCAUGAAAUGCUCUUCAUUUGUUACAGAUACUUUGUGAGGUUUUUUUCUCAUUCUCCUUACGGCGUCCCAGGUACGCGUUGUCAGUGCUUUUUUCCCUUACCAAUAAACUGUGUUUCACCUUUA